GCUCUGAUUCUCACCGCAGGCGCAUCGCGUUCUUCACAAGAGCCACAAACACAGCGACAUUCAUUCACAGCGAACGGAUAAUACUGAAUAUAAGCAAAAACACAGAAGGAAAAGCGAGAUAAAGAGCAGCAGAAGCAUGAGGUCGAGGGAGCUCUUCAUAUUACUGAUGGCCGUCGCGUCGACGCUCGCGGUGGAGGUGCCGUCAGACUCCGGGACGGGGCUUCUGGCCGAGCCGCAGAUCGCCAUGUUCUGCGGGAAACUCAACAUGCACAUCAACAUCCAGAGCGGGAAAUGGGAGCCGGAUCCGUCCGGGAGCAAGAGCUGCAUCGGGAAUAAAGAGGGAAUCCUGCAGUACUGCCAGGAGGUGUAUCCGGAGCUGCAGAUCACCAAUGUGGUGGAGGCCAAUCAGCCGGUCAGCAUCUGGGACUGGUGUAAGAAGAGCCGCAAGCAGUGCCGCAGUCACAUGCACAUCGUAGUGCCGUACCGCUGCCUGGUCGGGGAGUUUGUCAGCGAUGCUCUGCUGGUUCCUGAUAAGUGUAAGUUCCUGCAUCAGGAGCGCAUGGACAUGUGUGAGAGUCACCUGCACUGGCACACCGUCGCAAAAGAGUCGUGUGGUGACCGCAGCAUGAAUCUGCAUGAUUAUGGGAUGCUGUUGCCGUGUGGAAUUGACCGUUUCCGGGGUGUGGAGUUCGUGUGCUGUCCUGCAGAUGCGGGUAAAGAGUCUGAGAGCGCCGCUGUGGAGGAGGACGAUUCAGACGUGUGGUGGGGCGGAGCGGAGGCUGAUUACGCUGAGAACAGCAUGACUCGUGAUGCCGCAGCGGAGCCGGCCGUGCUGGAGGAUGAUGAGGAUGCGGACGAGGAAGAGGACGAGGAUCAGGAUGGAGACGGAGAUCAGGACGAGAAGAUGGAGGAAGAGGAGGAGCGCACCCAGAGCACCAGCGCAGCCCUGACCUCCACCACCACCACCACCACUGAGUCUGUAGAGGAGGUGGUGCGAGAGGUGUGUUUUGCGAGUGCAGAGACGGGUCCCUGUAGGGCCAUGUUGUCCCGCUGGUAUUAUGUGCGUGAGGAGCGCCGCUGUGCGCCCUUCAUCUACGGCGGCUGCGGAGGAAACCGUAAUAACUUUGAGUCGGAGGAAUACUGUCUGUCCGUCUGCAGCAGUGUGUUGCCAACUCCAUCCUCCAGCCCUCCGGAUGCAGUGGACCAAUAUCUGGAGACGCCGGCGGAUGAGAACGAACACGCUCACUUUCUGAAGGCCAAAGAGAGUCUGGAGACCAAACACCGCGAGCGCAUGUCUCAGGUGAUGAGGGAAUGGGAAGAGGCCGAGAGGCAGGCCAAGAGUUUACCACGCAACGACAAGAAGGCUGUGAUCCAGCACUUCCAGGAAAAGGUGGAGGCUCUAGAACAGGAGUCGGCCAGCGAGCGUCAGCAACUGGUGGAGACACACAUGGCACGGGUGGAGGCUCUGCUGAAUGACCGCCGCCGCCUCGCCCUUGAGAGCUACCUGUCUGCCCUGCAGGCCGAUCCACCACGGCCGCGUCAUGUGUUCAGUCUCCUGAAGAAGUAUGUUCGUGCCGAGCAGAAGGACCGUCAACACACACUCAAACACUUCGAACACGUGCGCAUGGUGGACCCAAAGAAAGCAGCACAGAUCCGGCCUCAGGUGUUGACCCAUCUGCGUGUGAUCGAGGAGCGCAUGAACCAGUCUCUCGGCCUGCUGUACAAAGUGCCGGGCGUUGCUGACGACAUCCAGGACCAAGUCGAGCUGUUGCAGCGUGAGCAGCAGGAGAUGUCCGCUCAGCUGGCGAAUCUGCAGAGUGAUGCGCGUGUGAGUUACGGGAACGAUGCGCUGAUGCCCGACAGCACCGCCGGCCUGGAGCUGCUGCCCGCCGAGGACACACAGGGGUUCGGCUUCAUACACCCCGAGAGCUUCAACCAGCCCAACACACACAACCAGGUUGAGCCUGUCGAUGCCCGACCCGUUCCAGACCUAGACCUGGCGACCCGACCAGUGUCCGGACUGAAGCCUGAUGACAUUCCUGAGCUGCGGAUGGAAGCUGAAGAGAGACACAGUGAAGUCUACCACCAGAAACUGGUUUUCUUUGCGGAGGACGUGAGCUCCAAUAAAGGAGCUAUUAUUGGCCUGAUGGUCGGAGGCGUCGUCAUAGCAACCAUCAUCGUCAUCACGCUGGUGAUGCUUAGGAAGAAGCAGUACACGUCCAUCCACCACGGCAUCAUCGAGGUGGACGCGGCGGUGACUCCAGAGGAGCGUCAUCUGUCUAAGAUGCAGCAGAAUGGCUAUGAAAACCCCACCUACAAGUUCUUUGAGCAGAUGCACAACUGAUGGAGCACCAUCACCCCAAACCCUCCCCGAACCCUCCUCAAACCCUCCUCAGACGGUGCAAGAGACGCCAGAACAUCCACAAACAUCACCACUGGCCAGAUCACGGUCAGAGAUGAGCAAUCAGAGUGAACGCAUAAUUCAGAGUCACUUCAAAUCACUGGCUAAACUAAACAUAUAAUUCAUAUUCAGUCCAGAUUGCUGCGUAAAUUGAACAUAUAAUUCAGAUUCAGUCCAGAUUGCUGCGUAAAUUGAACAUAUAAUUCAGAUUCAGUCCAGAUUGCUGCGUAAAUUGAACAUAUAAUUCAGAUUCAGUCCAGAUUGCUGCGUAAAUUGAACAUAUAAUUCAGAUUCAGUCCAGAUUGCUGCGUAAAUUGAACAUAUAAUUCAGAUUCAGUCCAGAUUGCUGCGUAAAUUGAACAUAUAAUUCAGAUUCAGUCCAGAUUGCUGCGUAAAUUGAACAUAUAAUUCAGAUUCAGUCCAGAUUGCUGCGUAAAUUGAACAUAUAAUUCAGAUUCAGUUCAAAUCUCUGGUCAAAGUUGACACAUAAAUCUGAUUUAGUUCAGAUCACUGGUUAAAGUGAACACAAUUUAGAUUGACUUCAAAUCACUGGCUAAAUUGAACAUAUAAUUCAGAUUCAGUUCAAGUCAAGUUCAUGCAUAAUGUAAAUCUAUAUAGGUGAAGAGGAUUCACAUUUAAUUGAGUUAAUAAUUUAUAUUUAGUUCAAAUUCAUAUAUCAAACCAAAUAAAUAAAUCAGAUUCACUUCAAAUCACUGGCCAAAGUGAACACAAAAUUCAGAUUCAGUCCAAAUCACUGGCAAAAGUGAACAUACAAUUCAGAUUCAGUUAACAUCACUAGUCAAAGUAAACAAAUAAUUCAGAUUCAGCUCAAAUCACGGGCUAAUGUAAACAAGUAAUUUAGAUUCAGCUCAAAUCACAGGCCAAAGUGAACAUACAAUUCAGAUUUAGAUCAAAUCACUGGCCAAAGUGAACAUACAAUUCAGAUUCAGUUCAAAUCACUGGCCAAAGUGAACAUACAAUUCAGUUCAAAUCACUGGCCAAAGUGAACACACAAUUCAGAUUCAGUUCAAAUCACUGGCCAGAGUGAACACACAGUUCAGAUUCAGUUCAAAUCACCGGCCAAAGUGAACACACAGUUCAGAUUCAGUUCAAAUCACUGGCCAAAGUGAACACAAAAUUCAGAUUCAGUCCAAAUCACUGGCAAAAGUGAACAUACAAUUCAGAUUCAGUUAACAUCACUAGUCUAAUCUAAAUAAUUUAGAUUCAACUCAAAUCACUGGCUAAUGUAAACAAAUAAUUUAGAUUCAGCUCAAAUCACAGGCCAAAGUGAACAUACAAUUCAGAUUUAGAUCAAAUCACUGGCCAAAGUGAACAUACAUUUCAGAUUCAGUUCAAAUCACUGGCCAAAGUGAACAUACAAUUCAGUUCAAAUCACUGGCCAAAGUGAACACACAGUUCAGAUUCAGUUCAAAUCACCGGCCAAAGUGAACACACAGUUCAGAUUCAGUUCAAAUCACUGGCCAAAGUGAACAUACAAUUCAGAUUCAGUUCAAAUCACUGGCCAAAGGUGAACACACAGUUCAGAUUCAGUUCAAAUCACUGGCCAAAGUGAACAAACAAUUCAGAUCCAGUUCAAAUCACCGGCCAAUGUAAACACAUAAUUCAGAUUCAGCUCAAUUUACCAGCUAAUGUAAACACAUAAUUCAGUUCAAAUCAAUGGCCAAAGUAAAUAAGCAAUUCAGAAUUCAGUCAAAAUCACGAGCCAAUGUAAACACAAAAUUCAGAUUACAUCCAAAUGACUGAUAAUAUUCCUCCGUUACGGACAGUCAGUCCAGGUUCUGGUGUAUUCUGGGCUGGUUCUGGUGUUUUCUGCACCGUCUGCUCUCACACUACUAAACGAGUGAAACACUGGUGUAUCUGAGGGCUGAACGUGUGAGACUUCCUCCGUCAGUCGCAUCUCCUUCCUCUUCCUCCUCACACUGACUGCAGCUGUGCUGUGUUUGGUGACGCCGGUCAUAGACCAGAAAAUCACUACAAAUCUAGUGCUUACAUUGAUGUCCUUCUGAAUGAGACCUGGAAAUUGUUUGAUUGUUUCUGAUUUUUUUCCAAAAAAAAAAAAAAAAGAAAGAAUUUUGCCAAAAAAAACUCAUUUUUUUUAGUUUGUGAAUAUUGAAGUAACGCAAAAAGAAAGAGUAGCUGUAACCGUGUAGUGCAUGAUAGAAAACAAAACUGACGGAAAAUAAAUGCUAUUUGGAUCUUUUCUCACGUAGAGGCGUUUUAGCAGGGUUAAACUGUACAACUUGUGAAAUGUGAUUUGAGUUGCACAAGAAAACAAAAGAAGAAAUCUCGAUUGGCUUCUGCUUUGAUCGUUUUAAGCUGGAUUAAACGGAUUCGUGCUUUUAUUUCAAUAUCUGGUGGUUGUUUUUUUAUCAGGCUGAGUGGAUCCAGCCGAAGCUGUCCAUGUACAUUUACUGUCUUCAAUGUUUUCGUCCUAUGCAUUUCAAGAGAUUUAUUUACCUCUUCUUUAUGAACGGCUAUUUAAUUUCGAUUCUCCAUUAGACUCGUGGUUGUCUGUGUUUUUUAAGCAGGUGUUGGGCUCGGGUGGGAUUGUGGGUUAUUCUGUGUAUGUUUGUUUGUUUGUUUUUCUCCAGUCGGUUUUGUGUUGGUUCAUCACUCCGUGUGUGUGUGUGUGUGUGUGUGUGUGUGUGUGUG